CAGGGUAGCCGCACGCACUGGGAAGGAAGAUAGCAGCAACAAUAUGGCGACAGCCGCAGUUACUCUCGACUCUUUUCUACAUCUGCAGUUCAGUGACAGCUGCCUGGAUUUCUGUUAAUGCGAGAAAAAAUACUGGGGCUGUUGGAUCUCUAGCUGCUGCCUGUGGAUGUCUGGCUUCUUUCUGAUUCAUUUCCAGAGCUGGAUGUCUGGGAUGGAAAACAAAUAAAGAGGAAAUAGCUGCAGGAUGAAAACAUGGCCGCACCCCUUCUUGCACCCCCAGGACCUGACAGCUUCAAGAAAUUCACCCCGGAGUCGCUUGCUAACAUCGAGAAGCGCAUCAAUGAAGAGAAGAACAAGAAGCCACCCAAGCACAGAUCGGACAGUAGUCACCGCGACACGUCUGACGAGAAUGAGCUCAGGCCCAACAGUGACCUGGAGGCUGGGAAGAGCCUGCCCUUCAUCUACGGCGAUAUUCCUGAUGGAAUGAAGGCCACACCACUGGAGGAUUUGGACCCAUACUAUCUGAACAAGAAAACAUUUAUAGUCCUAAACAAAGGGAAAACACUCUUCCGCUUCAGUGCCACGCCCUCCUUGUACAUCUUAAGCCCUUUUAAUCUACUUAGGCGAAUAGCUAUUAAGAUUUUGAUACAUUCGUUAUUCAGCAUGAUCAUCAUGUGUACGAUUUUGACCAACUGUAUAUUCAUGACAUUUAGUGACCCCCCAGAGUGGUCCAAACAAGUAGAGUACACCUUCACAGGUAUCUAUACGUUUGAGUCACUCACAAAAAUUGUUGCCCGAGGCUUCGCUAUAGAUGGGUUCACCUUUCUCAGAGACCCAUGGAACUGGCUGGAUUUCAUGGUCAUCUCAAUGGCAUAUAUAACAGAGUUUGUGGACCUUGGGAAUGUCUCGGCGCUGAGAACGUUCAGGGUUCUCCGAGCAUUGAAAACUAUUUCUGUCAUUCCAGGCCUGAAGACCAUUGUGGGUGCUCUGAUCCAGUCUGUGAAGAAGCUGUCGGAUGUGAUGAUCCUGACCGUCUUCUGUCUCAGCGUCUUUGCUCUGAUUGGCCUGCAGCUCUUCAUGGGGAACCUGCGGAAUAAGUGUGUAAUCUGGCCAAUCAACAUGACCGAGCAGUAUCCGCCAAAUGGCAGCAGGGCCUUUGACUGGAGCGAAUACAUCAUGAAUGACACUAACUUCUACUUCCUCCCUGGUCAGCUUGAUGCUCUACUAUGUGGAAAUAGCUCUGACUCAGGACGAUGUCCAGAGGGCUUUACAUGUAUGAAAGCCGGAAGGAACCCCAACUAUGGUUACACCAGCUUUGACAGCUUUGGAUGGGCUUUCCUCACCCUCUUUCGCCUCAUGACCCAGGACUUCUGGGAAAAUCUCUACAUGCUGACUCUACGAGCCGCAGGGAAGACCUACAUGAUCUUCUUUGUGCUGGUCAUCUUUGUGGGGUCCUUCUACCUGGUGAAUCUCAUCUUGGCUGUGGUGGCUAUGGCUUAUGAAGAGCAGAACCAGGCCACUAUUGAGGAGGCGGAGCAGAAAGAGGCUGAAUUCAAGGCCAUGCUGGAGCAGCUCAAGAGGCAGCAGGAGGAGACACAGGCUGCUGCCAUGGCGACAUCUGCAGGCACUGUGUCGGAGGCUGCGUUAGAGGAUGAAGGAGGGGGGCACUUGUCCCGCAGCUCCUCUGAGGUCUCCAAGCUGAGCUCCAAGAGUGCCAAGGAGCGUCGCAAUCGCAAGAAGAAAUGGCGUCAGAAAGAGCAGGAGAAAGAGAAGGGAGACAGCGAGAAGGUUGUUAAGUCUGAGUCAGAUGAUGGCAGUAAGAAAAGUACCAUUCGUUUCCCAGGAAGCCGGCUAGGGAGGAAGACAUCCAUCAUGAACCAGUCACUCCUCAGCAUCCCAGGCUCUCCCUUCAUGUCGCGUCACAACAGCCGGAGCAGCAUUUUCAGCUUCAAAGGCCGUUCCAAGGACAUGGGCUCAGAAAACGAGUUUGCCGACGACGAGCAUAGUACAGUAGAGGAGAGCGAAGACCGUCGAGGCUCCCUCUUUAUCCCUUACCGCCGCAACAGCUACAGUGGCUACAGCCAAGGCUCAUCACGCAUCCACCCGCUGGCACCCCACUCUGGAGGAAAGAGGAACAGCACAGUAGACUGCAAUGGCGUGGUGUCUCUCAUCGGCCCUGGGCCCGGCAGACGACUUCUGCCUGAGGUGAAAAUAGAUAAGGCAGCCACUGAUGACAGUACUACUGACGUGGAGAUUAAGAAGAAGCACUCUGGCUCUCUCAUGGUAUCUGUGGAUCAGCUCAACUCCUCCUUCAAAGGAAAGGACCGUGCCAACAGUCAGAUGAGCGUAGUCACCAACACACUGAUAGAGGAGUUGGAGGAGUCUCAGAGGAAGUGUCCUCCCUGUUGGUACAAGUUUGCCAAUAUCUUCCUUAUAUGGGAGUGCUUUCCCAUGUGGCUGAAAAUCAAGCACAUAGUCUACUUGAUUGUCAUGGACCCAUUUGUUGACCUGGCCAUCACCAUCUGUAUUGUCCUCAACACCCUCUUCAUGGCCAUGGAGCACUACCCCAUGACUGAACAGUUUGAGGGGGUCCUAGCUGUUGGCAACCUGGUUUUCACAGGCAUCUUUGCCGGGGAGAUGUUUGCCAAGCUGAUUGCCAUGGAUCCCUACUACUACUUCCAGGAAGGCUGGAACUGCUUUGAUGGCUUCAUUGUGACUCUGAGUUUAGUUGAGCUGGGACUGGCUGAUGUGGAAGGUCUGUCAGUGCUCAGGUCAUUCCGCUUGUUAAGAGUGUUCAAACUAGCCAAAUCGUGGCCCACCCUCAACAUGCUGAUCAAGAUCAUCGGUAAUUCAGUGGGAGCUCUGGGUAAUCUGACUCUGGUGCUGGCCAUCAUCGUCUUCAUCUUUGCCGUGGUCGGCAUGCAGCUGUUUGGCAAAAGCUACAAGGACUGUGUGUGUAAGAUCGCCCAGGACUGUGAACUGCCUCGCUGGCACAUGAAUGACUUCUUUCACUCCUUCCUGAUUGUGUUCAGAGUGUUGUGUGGGGAGUGGAUUGAGACCAUGUGGGACUGUAUGGAGGUGGCAGGACAGACCAUGUGCCUCACCGUCUUCAUGAUGGUCAUGGUCAUCGGAAACCUGGUGGUGCUGAACCUGUUCCUGGCCUUGCUGCUGAGCUCAUUCAGUGCGGACAACCUCGCUGCCACAGAUGAUGAUGGUGAGCCUAACAACCUCCAGCUUGCGGUUGCCCGAAUUAAGAAAGGGAUUGCCUGGUUCAAGGCUAACAUGCGGGUCUUUGUAGCUACAGUGCUGAAGAAGCCUAUAGAGGAUGAACAGAAGCCACUGGAUGAAAUGUACGAGAAGAAGCUCAACUGCAUUGCAAACCAUACAGUGGACAUCAACCGUGAACUGGACUAUGCUAAAAAUGGCAAUGGCACCACCAGCGGCAUUGGGAGCAGUGUGGGAAAGUAUAUGAUUGAUGAGGACUACAUGUCUUUCAUCCACAAUCCCAACCUCACUGUCUGUGUUCCUAUCGCUGUUGGCGAGUCGGACUUUGAAAACCUCAAUACGGAAGACUUCAGCAGUGAAUCGGAUGUGGAGAACAGUAAAGAUUUGGAUGACACCAGUUCGUCUGAGGGCAGCACAAUAGACAUCAAGCCUGAUGUGGAGGAGGUGGCAGUGGUGGAGGUAGUGGAGGAGUACCUUGACCCAGAUGCCUGCUGGACAGAUGAAUGUGUGGCCAAAUACAAGUGCUGUGAUGUUCCCAUCACUCACGGCUGGGGGAAACACUGGUGGUUCCUGAGGAAGACCUGCUACCUGAUUGUAGAACACAACUGGUUUGAAACCCUCAUCAUCUUCAUGAUCCUGCUCAGCAGUGGAGCCCUGGCCUUUGAGGAUGUGUACAUUGAGCAGAGGAAGACAAUCAAAAUCAUUCUGGAGUAUGCUGAUCGGGUUUUCACCUAUAUCUUCAUCCUGGAGAUGUUGCUGAAAUGGGUGGCCUACGGCUUUGUCAAGUACUUCACUAAUGCCUGGUGUUGGUUAGACUUCUUCAUUGUGGAUGUGUCUAUAGUCAGCCUUAUAGCUAAUGCGUUGGGCUACUCCGAUCUAGGCCCGAUUAAAUCACUCAGGACACUGAGGGCCUUGAGACCCCUCAGGGCCCUGUCACGUUUUGAAGGGAUGAGGGUUGUGGUGAACGCUUUGGUGGGUGCAAUUCCCUCCAUCAUGAAUGUGCUGCUGGUGUGUCUCAUCUUCUGGCUCAUCUUCAGCAUCAUGGGUGUCAACCUGUUUGCUGGAAAGUAUUACUACUGUUACAAUGACACAGCUGAAGAGAAUUUCCUCCCUGAUGUCGUCAACAACAGAACAGAAUGUUUUGCACUCAUUAAUGCAAACUUCACUGAAGUCAGAUGGAAAAACGUCAAGAUCAAUUUUGACAAUGUGGGUGCAGGAUACCUGGCACUUCUGCAAGUGGCAACAUUCAAAGGCUGGAUGGACAUUAUGUACGCAGCAAUAGAUUCUAGAAAGGUGGAGGACCAGCCUAUCUACGAGGACAACUUAUACAUGUACAUAUACUUCGUCAUCUUUAUCAUCUUCGGCUCGUUCUUCACCUUAAACCUCUUCAUUGGUGUCAUCAUUGAUAACUUCAACCAACAAAAGAAAAAGUUUGGAGGUCAGGAUAUCUUCAUGACAGAAGAACAGAAGAAAUACUACAAUGCCAUGAAGAAACUAGGGUCAAAGAAGCCGCAAAAACCAAUACCCAGGCCUCAGAACAAAAUCCAAGGCAUGGUGUUUGACUUUGUGACGCAGCAGGUGUUCGACAUCUCCAUCAUGAUCCUCAUCUGCCUCAACAUGGUCACCAUGAUGGUGGAGACAGAUGAUCAGUCAAGGGAGACAGAGGAGGUGCUUUACUGGGUCAACUUCUUCUUCAUUGUGGUCUUCACUGGCGAGUUUUUAUUGAAGCUCUUUGCGCUGCGUCACUACUACUUCACCAACGGCUGGAACAUCUUCGAUGUGGUUGUGGUCAUCCUUUCAAUUGUGGGAAUGUUCCUGGCUGACCUGAUUGAGAAGUACUUUGUGUCACCAACACUCUUCAGGGUGAUUCGUCUGGCUCGUAUCGGUAGAAUCCUGCGUCUCAUCAAGGGGGCCAAAGGAAUCAGAACUCUGCUGUUUGCCCUAAUGAUGUCACUUCCUGCAUUGUUCAACAUUGGCCUACUACUUUUCCUGGUUAUGUUCAUUUUCUCCAUCUUUGGCAUGUCCAACUUUGGCUAUGUGAAACACGGGGCUGGAAUUGAUGACAUGUACAACUUUGAGACCUUCGGCAACAGCAUGAUCAUCCUGUUUAUGAUCACCACGUCAGCUGGCUGGGACGGCCUGCUGCUGCCUAUUCUUAACUACCCUCCAGACUGUGAUCCCUUACUGGAGAAUUCUGGCACCCCCGCUACAGGAGACUGUGGCAACCCUUCUGUGGGCAUCUUCUUCUUUGUUAUGUACAUCAUCAUUUCUUUCCUUAUUGUGGUCAACAUGUACAUAGCCAUCAUCCUGGAGAACUUCAGCGUGGCCACAGAGGAGAGUGCCGACCCACUCAGUGAGGAUGACUUUGAGACCUUUUAUGAGAUUUGGGAGAAGUUUGACCCUGAUGCCUCCCAGUUCAUCACCUAUGCCAAGCUUUCUGACUUUGCUGAUGCACUUGAACACCCACUCCGAGUCCCCAAGCCCAACACCAUUGAACUGAUCGCCAUGGACAUGCCUAUGGUGAGUGGCGACCGCAUCCACUGCCUGGACAUCCUGUUUGCCUUCACCAAGCGUGUGCUGGGUGACAGUGGCGAGUUGGACAUGUUGAGGCAACAAAUGGAGGAGCGUUUUGUGGCAGCCAAUCCCUCCAAGGUUUCUUACGAGCCAAUCACCACCACCCUGAGGCGCAAGCAGGAGGAUGUGUCAGCCAGAAUCAUUCAAAGGGCCUACCGUUCCUAUCUGGCUAGGCGGGGUUUCGUCUGUAAGCGCAAACCAGCCAAUAACAAAGUGGAGAAUGGCGGGAACAAUGAGGAACAAGAAAAGAAGGAGGGCACUCCCUCAACUGCCUCCCUGCCCUCUUAUGACAGUGUAACCAAACCUGACAAGGAGAAACAGGAUGACAACAAUGAGGGCAAGGGAGGGAGGAAAGAGAAAGGAAGAAACCAAAAAGACAUCAGGGAAUCUAAAUGUUAGAGCGUUGGAAUAAUAAUCACAGUAAUAACAAUAAAAAAUAUAAUAAUGUAACUUCAAGCAAAGCGAGAGGAAACUCACCCACACAGAUGUACAGAUUAUUUCAUUUGCAAGUCAGAAAAAAUAAUAUUCAAUAAUUUUGUUUACAGACUUACAUUCUUAUAUUGAUGCAGAGGGAAGCAGCUUGGUCUGUUACAGCUUGAAGACUCUUGAACUUCAGUCAAACCAAACAUACUCAGCAUACUGUGUGACAUUGUUGUAUCUGGACUACUGAUCUUAACAAAAGGAAAUGAAAAACAGACAAGGAAAUGUCUGUGUCUGCUCAAAGGCAGAUUGCUCACUUACCACUGGUCUACCGAUAAGACAAGUAACUCUUCACCAAGAGGUAGAAUGAAAAAACACUAAAGGAUUUCAGCGCCUGGAUGCAAGUAAUGGAUUCCUAUGGAAGACAGUGGAAACAAGGAUGCUGCUUGAUGCUGAAAAAUUGUCCUCUUAAAGCAGCCAAUGAGUGGUUCUGUGUCAUUUAGUACUGAAUUGUAUAGAGGAGCAACAUGACACGCUCACGCUAUAAGAGCAAACAGAAGGAUGACUGGUGAGUGAAAGACACAAAUGACAGAGAGCGUUGGAAAUACUUUUCCGUUUUAUUAAAGCUAGAAAUUGUUCAUUUGAGCAGCAAAAAUGCAAACAGACAAAAAAAGAACAAUAUUCCACAUUUUGCCCAUGUCACUUAACUCUUCUACUCAUUUUAUCUUUGUUAUACCCACAUCAAAACGCUUUUUUUACAUGGGCUUUCACACCAAUUGGUUAAGGGUCUGUUUAUUAUGGGGUCAACUCGGGCCAAGGGCUUACAUUUACUCAGAAAGAUUUCCAAACAAAUGCAUAAAUAAUUGUGCUUGUUCAAUGCAUAGAAAUGACUUGCAUGAUGGCAUGUUUUGAUCAGAAAUCUUGCAUGAAUUAUCAUAGUCCACAAGACACUAAUACUCAGACCACAACAGUGGCUCGACUGUAUGAUCGAGACAUUGUCAAAAUUUGAAAGCUCAGAGUUCAGAGUAAUUUGUUUAACAAAGAUAAGUGAUAUGGGGGGUUGAUAAUCUAAAAUGGAUCCGAAUUUUUAUCUCAUUACUCAACACAUUUCAAAUGACGAUAUGUUUAAAUUGUUGCCUCUAUAGAGAGAAGAAUGGAGUAUGCUGGUAAAUAAUACCACCAUAGUGGAUCAGUGGGUGAAAUCCAAACAAUUAUUUGCUGCUCUGGAGAUUUUGAGUGUGUAAGAUGUGGUAAUGGAUGUCUGUGUGUAUCAUGGGACUGAAAUGUUUGUUAAUUUGGACUGAAAUGUUUUCAAGGGCGCAACACUUUGAAACUAAAAAGCUUAUAUUUAUAAUUUGUAUGCACCUAUGUAAUGUUCCAUACCAUCUGCCUUUAGUUUUACGUGAGCGGGCAUUUUGGGAGUCCUACUGUUGGUUAUAAAUGGUUUGUGGGGAUUUCACAGGUAUGGCAAACUCCUUUCUAUUGCUGAUGUUUCUCUUUGGGUGGUUAGGCAUUUCUGAAAGGGCAGAGAAGAGCUUUGAUUAUUGUUCAGUUUAAUUUGAUGUUAUGUAGCUUAUUUACGUGUGUGUGUGUGUUUUUUAUUCCCUGAUGUAAUUUUCAUGUUUUGGUGGGAAAUGAGUCUUAUUUUACACACUUUUAUAAGCCACAUCUAAGAUGAUGUCGAGGGCAAUGGUCUUGUGCUGGAACAUAUUUGUCGGGUGUUAGUAGUAUCCUAUUUUAACAAGAAACAGAAAAUUAUGAGUGGGUGAUGAGAACAUUGUGUGUGGAGAAGCCAAAGAGAUCUGCCUUGUUAUCCCUUGUUGCCCUUUGUCCAUGGAGUGGGAUUGGGUGAAGUAUGCCCUGCCCAUUCAGUUUUUUUCGCUGUCAUUAUCAGACAGAGAGACCCUAGAAAUGUAUGCAAUGCUUGAAAAAUUCAUCCCUUUUUCUCAGGAGAUAUUAUAGAUGUACUAUGAGCUCUGCAACAAAAUGCAAGUGAAUGUGAUGGGAGUAUUUAUGAAAUCAUGUUUUACUCUUCUGAGUUUUAUGCCAUAUUGAUGGACAAUGAUCUCGGGUUGGCUGCCUUAUUUUGGCAGCUGCCCGGUUAGGAGCCAGUUUGACGCUUCCUGCUUAUGACGCUUAGAAUUAUAGGGCUAGAAGCAUCUCAGUGAAACAGCAACAUUUCGCUCGCUUGUAAUGGCGGCGUUUAUAUUGACAGCAGAUUACAUUUGUGGUUAAGUCAUUAUGGGCUGUAGUCUGGUCCCAAAUUAAUUUAAAUAAACAAAAUAAUAAUGUUCACCCCGAUAGCAAUCACAGAUACAGGAAACACUGUGAGGAGAUGUCAUGAGAGUGAAUUGGGAUAUGUUGGUCUGAGCAGCACACUUAAUUCGUUCCGAAGCAGAAGUGGCAUGCUCAGUGGAUAGGCCCUAGAUUUCAGUAUUUAACAACAACAACGACAAGUGCUCUGAGCCUCUCAUUUGCCAUUUUUCUUCAUAUUGCUCUACUGCAUAACAAAUACCAAAUAACCAACAGAGCACUGGAUGCAUUCUUAUGGUACUGUGAGCCUAAGCACCACACCACCGCUUUUGCACUUCCUGUUGUGCAGUGAUGUCACUUCCUGUUUAUGAAUAACUCUCAUCCGUUCUCAAGUUCUAUGGUCCAGUUGCUGCAUGAGAUCUCCAAAAUCAGUGUGGGUGUUAACUUGAACCAAAUAAAACUCUGAAUGAUAAGCAUAAAAGCUACUGCCGUCCAUUUUCUCCAAGAUCACCAUGAAUAUACAGAUGCGUAUUACAGAAAGAAACCUAAAAAAAAACAGACACAAACAUCCAUUCGGGGAAAAAAAUAAAAUGAAUACAGUUCAGGCUAUAUGUUCUAUACGGCACAAACUGCAAAAGCUAAGAAUGGACUUUUUAAGAAACUAUAAAUAAUGUAAUAUAUUAUUUUAUUUUAACGGCAUGUGUAGUUUUUUGUAAAUACAGGAUUACUUAAAAAACUACAGCUAUUAAUCUAACACUAAAUAUUAAUAACCGUAAAUAGAAUGGCUUCCGGCUGACACCCCUUGUCACACUUGUUAGGCUGUGACACAUUUGUUAGAUGGAGUAGAUUUUUUUGAGUCACUUUUCACAAAAAAGAGGGGGGAGUAAGCUAAAAGAAUCUAUAUUAAAAAGCAGAAAUUGUAUUUAAAACUGUAUAAAUCAAUACAUACAUAUACAGAACUAUAUUACAUAUAUAUUAUAUAUAUAUUCUACCACAUAUAUAUAUAUAGUAUAUAUACUCUCCUGUCCACUCCUUGCAUUGAGGUGAUACCAGAACCACAGAGUGUAACUGAUCAUGCUUCUUUCUUUGUGUGGUAUGUUCAGAGAAUAACCAAAACUCUGGCCUGCCCAGGAUGUCUGCAUUACUGGGUACCAGCGUACAAUGCAUGGUGGUGUACUGGCUGCUUGCUGAGAAUUGUUGAGCCUGCAUUGGUGAGAGGAUUGCACUACCAGCAUACCCUUUUGUACAUGUGUGAAGUUGUCUUGCCCGUAGUUUCCUACAAUGUACACACAAAGAUAUACAGACUCAGACAGACACACACUUACACGCACACACUCAUAGCCUUUUGCAGGCAACCGCUGGUUAACCAGUGUGCCCCCACCCCCACCCCCAGUAUGAGCCACAGCUCACUUUGUGUGACAAAUUUUUGCUCGUUUCAGCUCUAAUCCUCCUCCAUAUUUCCCCUUAACACACUGCUGCAGUUUGGAGUUGAUCUUUAAUUUUGCUGUCACUUUCGAUAUGAUAUAUCUAAUGAUUUAAGGGUUAGUUGUCUUAACUGUCUGUGUGUUUGUUUAUGGUGCAAUAUCUCUUAACGGCACGUGCCUUUUUAGCUUCCUAUUUAGUCUGUCAAUAAAAUCAGCAUUGAGGAUCUCAAAACCCAAGGGAGUGAAUCAAAACGGAGCACGAUAGAAACGAUGUAUUGAGUACAAAAUUAACUUGUAAACUGAAAACUCACCACCUAGAUUAGACUGUCUGGACUAACAUCUUGUAGAGUCAUGUAGUACAAGUGCUCUCUCUGUGUGUUCUGUUUACUGGCUCUUGGGCUAGUAAGAGAACAGCUUGCCUUCUGUUUUACACUUCUGUUCAUUUCCAAAUGUUGGUUUACCAAUCGGUGUAUGAGGCCAUUCUUUUGUAGCAUGACUGAGAUAAAUUUCUUUUCUUUCCUGAAAAUAGGCUAACUGAAAAAAAAACAACAACUUUUGACUGUCAUUAAUUUCUUGCCACUAAUACAGUCAGAGAGAGGACGUGUGUUGCACAACCACAUGGGACAAUUAAAUGAGAAUCAGUGAAAGAAUAUUUUCAUUUGAGCACGAAUCUAUUUCCAAACAAUAAAGCAGCCUUCCAGUUA